CGUAUAUGCUGAGGCAUCUUUCUUCAUCACGCAGAAGCAAUAAGGUAAUGCAAUGUGGCAACCUUUUGAAGACAAACAACAUAAUGAAAAGAAUGGCCAAUGAUUAAACUUUUGUUUUCAUGCAGCACAACAAGCUCACCCAACUCUUAGGGAAUGCCCAUUCUCUUGUCACAUGCCUAUCUAAAAAGUAAGACUACUCUGUCGCUUUCUGUACAACUUUGGUAUAAAUAGGAUCAGCUUCAAAGGCAUUGGAUCAUCCCCAAACUUUUGAAUCCCAAGUAGAAGCAAAGGAAAAAAGAGAAAAAAAAAGAUGGCAACUUCUUCAUCAAAAACCAAUAACAGAUCCAUCAGUUUGCCAAGCAGAUCCCAUCCAGCAUUUCAGAAUAUUGAAGAGGAGCUCAACAAGCUCAAGACUUGGGAGUUCUCAGCUUCACCUACUGCAGAAGUUGUUUAUAAUGGUGUAGUUGGUUUGGGGGAGGUGUGUAAGUGCAUGGGUGAUGUUUUAAACUUGCCCCUGACACUUCAAGCCCUUUCAGAGUGCCAAAAUAAGAGAUGGGUCGAUGAAAUCUUGGAUAAAUCUGUGAGAUUUCUUGAUAUUUGUGGCACUACAAGAGACCUCGUGUCACAGUUUAAGGAAAAUAUUAAAGAUGUUCAGUCCUUAUUGAGGAGGAGAAAGGGAGAUUUGAGCAUCACCAGCUACACCUCAUUUAGAAAGAAAAUGAAAAAAGAUGCCAAAAACUUCGUUUCAGCUUUAAAGAAAUUGGAUCAUGAGGAGGUGGUUGCUGUAAUGGAAGUCGAUCAACUUGUCUCAGUUGUCAUCAGAGUGCUAAGAGAAGUCACCACAAUAGGAAUUUCAGUUUUCCAAAUGGUGUUGGUCUUUUUGUCAGCCCCAAUUUCUAGGCCAAUUAGCAAAUGGUCUUUGGUAUCAAGAUUGAUUAACAAGGGGUAUCAAGACAAUGUUAAUGAGAUAGAAAGUGUUGAUGUUGCAUUAAGCAGCCUUUCCAAGUGCGGUCCUAAUGAAAUGGAGAAGAUCCAAUUUGUGCAGAGCAAAUUGGAAACAGUGGAAGCUCAUUUUGAAUGCAUUGAAAAUGGCCUAGACAACAUCUUUAGAUGCUUGAUUAGAUCAAGGAGCACACUGCUAAAUGUUGUCUCUUGCCAAUGAAAAUUCCAUACUAUUGUCCUGUAUUGUAUUGCAUAAGCAUAUCCAAAUAUUUGUAGGAUAUGCUUAUGAAAUCCGUGUAAAAAGAAACAAUUUUGUAAGUACAUCCAUACAGAGAAAUUUACUAUAUAGCUAUAUCAAAGUUAUAGUACUCA